UGAGACUGAACAGAGAGGCCGUUCAGCCUGGAUGGAUGAACUCCAAAUACUCUGGGCCCUUCUGCCUGGAUCCAUACUCUGCAUUUAUAGCAAGCCUUUCACAUGCGCCUCGAGGUGCUCCACAGAGGCUGGUACUGCCCAGAUCUUACAAACAGGGAAACUGAGGCAUGGAAGUUAAGCAGCUUGACCGCGGAUGAAGAGCAGGCCCUGGAUGAUGAGACCUUUAUGUAGCCCACCCCUUCACCAGUGGAUCAGCAGCAGGCUCCUUGUCAGCAGCACAAUGUGGUAUCCCAAGCACCACUGUGUGAGGCUGAGGUGAACUCAGGAGAAAGAGACCACCCUAGCAACAGCCAGGAUGACCAGAGCACGGCUGUUCCGCCUCUCGGUGGUGCUGGGUUCCGUCUUCAUGAUCCUGCUGAUCAUCGUGUACUGGGACAACGUGGGGACGGCUCAUUUCUACCUGCACACGUCCUUCUCCAGGCCUCAUGCACCGGGCACUCCACCCACCGCUGCUCAGGAUGAAGACCGCGAAGGCUUGUUGGAUGUGGAUGAGUUUUUAGAGAAGCUACUGAGUUCUGGCCUGAGGCAGAAUGGCCCCUUGAACAGAAAGAUGGAGCAGGCCCCACUUCAGGGCUCCAGCAGGCCUGUCUUGGGCAACCUGGAGGAGAAUGUGAGAGGCUAUGACUGGUCCACCCGCAUUGCCAGAGUGAGUCUGGACCAGGAGAAGCUGCAGGCUGAGCGGCGGAGGACACUGCGUGAGUUCUGUGCCAAUUCCAGCUUCGCCUUCCCCGCUAAGGAACGUUCCUUUGACGACAUCCCCAACUACGAGCUGAACCACCUGAUCGUGGAUGACCGCCACGGCAUCAUCUAUUGCUAUGUCCCCAAAGUGGCCUGCACCAACUGGAAGCGGGUGAUGAUCGUGCUGAGUGAGAGCCUGCUGGAUCAGGGUGCCCCCUACCGGGACCCCCUGGACAUUCCCCGAGAGCACGUCCACAACUCCAGCACCCACCUGACUUUCAACAAGUUCUGGCGCCGCUACGGAAAGUUCUCCCGCCACCUCAUGAAGAUCAAGCUGAAGAAAUACACCAAGUUCCUCUUUGUACGCGAUCCCUUCGUGCGGCUCAUCUCUGCCUUCCGCAGCAAGUUUGAGCUGGAGAAUGAGGAGUUCUACCGGCGCUUUGCCAUACCCAUGCUGAAGCUCUACUCCAACCACACCAACCUCCCCACCUCUGUUAGCGAGGCCUUCAGGGCGGGCCUCAAAGUCUCCUUCCCUGACUUCAUCCAGUACUUACUGGACCCCCGGACAGAGAAGAUGGCCCCUUUCAAUGAGCACUGGAGGCAAGUUUACCGCUUGUGCCAUCCGUGCCAGAUAGACUAUGACUUUGUUGGGAAGCUGGAGACCCUCAACGAAGACGCGGCUCAUCUGCUGCAGCUUCUCAAGGUGGACAGGCUCCUCCACUUCCCCCCCAGCUACCGGAACAGGACUGCCAGCAGCUGGGAGGAGGACUGGUUUGCCAAAAUCCCUCUGGCCUGGAGGCAGCAGCUCUACAAACUUUACGAGGCUGAUUUUGUACUCUUUGGCUACCCCAAACCAGAAAAUUUGCUUAAAGACUAAAAGCAAUUGGAAAUGGGGGGAGGGGGGGUUACCAAAAAUAUUUAAAACUUCACAGUAUCCUCCUCUUAAUCUCCCAACCCAGGAAGAUAAAAUUUAGUAUAUUUUUUCUACUCAUCCCCUUCCAAAUUUGCAAGAAUCCAGGAUACUCCAGCCAGCUGAACAUCACCAGAAGACCCUCCCCCCUCCCUUUGCAAUCAGAAGACGUCCUCGUUCACUCUGUCGGCUGUGUCCUUCGGUCGCUUUUUAUUAAUACUUUUUUAAAAUUAAUAUAUUUAAAAUAUUUAAUACAAAUUGCGUGUUGUGGUGAAGGAAGAGGUGGAGUAAAAAACAAUGCCCCUGCCCUUAUGUGUUGUCUCAGUGCUGUCGUGUGCUGUGGAGGCACCACUUCCAGGAGUGCCCGGGGUUUACAAAACACUGGAGGCUAAACUCAGAGCUGGUGUGUGCAGGCACCGCCCCGUUGAUCUUAGGGCACUUGUCCCUGCUUAUGCCGGGUCUGAAUCUGGCCCCCAGUAGGUUAGAUUGAGCAUGACGUUGCACAGCUGGAGUGCAAGCAAUGACAGACUGGUGCAUGGGGACCAAAGCAGGUGACUGGG